UCAAAAUGAGAUAGCUCCAGUUGUAAAGGAGAACUAUGAUAUGGUUUAGAAGAUGAAAGAGAAGGAGUGUUUGAAUAAGAAUUUAGAUAAUGAGUAGAAAUAUGUUGAGUGUAUGUAAAAGAAUGUUGAACGAUCAUAUUGAGCAUUAAAAAGACUUGAAUAUGGUAUUAUGUAUUGGAAAUAAAAAACUUAUGAGUGUUUUCAUAACGAAGCAUACAAGGAUAAGGAAUUUAAGAAUUUUGAAAGGUGCAAACGAAUAGCUAAUCGAGAAUUAUCAGAAAUCUUUUCCAGUUUUAGGAUGUGAAUAAUGAUGUUCAUUAAAUAUAAAUUUUAUUAAAAAAAGAUAUGAAUAAAUAGCGUAAGACUCAAUUGGAAGAGUUGCAGGAGAAAGAGAGUAGCUUUGGUAGAGUAUUCAAAGUGGCUGGUCCAUUGGUCGUGGCUGAGAAAAUGGCAGGAGCUAAGAUGUUUGAGUUAGUGAAAGUCGGUUGGGAUAAGUUAGUGGGUGAAAUCAUUAAAUUAGAAGGUGAUAAUGCAUCUAUUCAAUGUUAUGAAGACACAUCUGGAUUGACAGUCGGUGAUCCUGUCAUGAGAACAAAGUCCCCACUCUCCGUUGAAUUGGGACCAGGUAUUUUGACUCAAAUUUUCGACGGAAUUCAAAGACCCCUUUAAGUCAUUGCUGAACAAUCUUCUUCCAUUUUUGUACCAAGAGGUGUUGACAUUCCUGCAUUGGAUUAAGACAGAAUUUGGGAGUUCAAACCCUCAUCUACAAUCAAAGUAGGCUCAAUGAUUAGCGGUGGUGAUAUCUACGGCUCAGUCUUUGAAAAUAAUCUGUUUGAUGAACAUAAAAUAUUGACAGCACCAAGAGUCCAAGGAAGAGUCACUUACAUUGCCUCUGAAGGCAAUUACACCUUAAAAGAUAAAGUUUUGGAAGUAGAAUUGGAUGGCAAGAAACACUAAUAUGGAAUGAGUCACUUCUGGCCUGUCAGACAACCAAGACCUAUCAUUGAGAAAUUGUAAGGUAAUACACCACUCCUUACAGGACAAAGAGUUCUUGAUGCACUCUAUCCCUCAGUCUUGGGUGGUACAUGUUGUAUCCCAGGAGCCUUUGGUUGUGGAAAAACUUGUAUUUCUUAGGCACUUUCCAAAUAUUCCAAUUCUGAAUGUAUCAUCUACGUUGGUUGUGGAGAAAGAGGAAAUGAAAUGGCUGAAGUGCUCAGUGAAUUCCCAGAAUUGACUAUUCAAAUGAAAGGAAAGGAGGAAAACAUUAUGUAGCGUACUUGCUUAGUCGCCAACACUUCUAAUAUGCCUGUGGCUGCCAGAGAAGCAUCCAUCUAUACAGGAAUUACUUUGGCUGAAUAUUUCAGAGAUAUGGGUUUCAAUGUAUCUAUGAUGGCUGAUUCAACUUCAAGAUGGGCAGAAGCAUUGAGAGAAAUCUCUGGUAGAUUGGCUGAAAUGCCUGCAGAUUAAGGUUAUCCUGCUUAUUUGGCAUCUAAAUUGGCUCAAUUCUACGAAAGAGCAGGAAGAGUCAGAUGCAGAGGUUCACCUGAUAGAGAAGGAUCUAUUACAAUUGUCGGAGCCGUCUCACCUCCAGGAGGAGAUUUCACAGAUCCAGUCACAACUGCCACACUCACUAUUGUGUAAGUGUUUUGGGGAUUAGAUAAGAAGUUGGCUUAGAGAAAGCAUUUCCCAUCUGUAAAUUGGACUAUAUCCAACUCUAAUUAUGAAAAGAUUCUUGAACCAUAUUUCAAUGCUUUUGAUCCAGAGUUUUCUCAUUUGAGAGUCAUGUUCAAAUAAAUCUUGCACGAAGAAUCAGAAUUGAAUGAAAUUGUCCAAUUGGUCGGUAGAGAUUCUCUAUCUGAAGAUUAAAAAUUAUCUUUGGAAAUUGCUAAAAUCAUUAGAGAAGAUUUCUUAUAAUAAGAUGCUUUCAGUAAGUAUGAUUAUAAUUGUCCACUCUAUAAAACUAUUGGUAUGAUGAGAUGCAUCGUCUCAUUCUUUGAGUGUGGUAAGAAAGCCAUCCUUGAAUCAUCAGGAGAUGCCAAAAUCACUUGGAAUAUCAUCUUGAAUCAAACUAAGCCAUAAUUUGUCAAAUUAUCAUAAAUGAAGUUUGAGGAUCCAAAAUAACCUAAAUAAGAAUUAAUGAAUUAUUUCACUAAAUUCGUCGACGAGAUCAAAUCAGCAUUUAGAAACUUAACAGAUAAAUGAGUAUCAAUAACAAUUACAUAAAUAAUUAUUAU